CGCUCAAUGGCGCACAUAUCUGUCUUCGCAUCGGGAACCUCUGCGGUGGAGCAACCACCAUCAGGCGCGCUGCUCCGUCUUCCACAGCCCGCGACCCCCACGCCUGCUGGAUCUUCUGAGCGGGUCUUCCGAGGCCCCCCAUCCUUUUUUGCGACGCCAAGCCCAAGACGUGCCCAAGACUGCUGCGCGGCUCUCGGCCUGUUGCGGUAAACGACUAAUUUUAGUGGAAAUCUCAAUAUCCGCGUCGCGCCAGUCAGGUUACUUUUAGAGCCUUGGCUUGGCGCCCCAGAAAUAGAUGCAUAAAGCGACGGGAGGUACGCCAUUCAGCCUCAGCUUGUCCUCCCCCACUGCCUCUCUGCCACCACAAUGAACGCGCACUACUCUCAGGCUUCGUAUGGGGAGUCGUCUACGGACGUUAUGCAUGCAAUCUCUCUCCAGCUGCAUAGUGCUAUUAUGACUGCCUCUACCCUUCUCGAGCAGCCACCACCACCUUCAGUGCGCGAGAUACUCGCUGCUUAUACCACCCGAGGGGACGGUGACCGCGAGAUGCUCCUUGCUAUGCUUAAUGCGAAGAGUGCGGAGGACCAGCGCUUGGCUUCCGUCGCCAACUUGCAGAAGGGCCUGCUCGACGUGUAUCACUCCACAUCGCACGGCAGCCAGACCGAACUAGAGCGCGAGCGCGCCUCGCUGUCAAAUCCCAUGCGCACGCCCGAAUCGCCGCCCGCCUCCAUGUCUCGUACUCGCGACGCACACAGCCGACAUCACCCGUACCGCUACGCGCCCACCUCUGACCGACGAGGGCGUUCACCCCACGCCAAGCCCACGGACCGUGAGCUGCACACCUUCCCAGAUGUUGAACGGAGACGUCGUGCUCCCGCUCCAUCGCCCAUCGACGUGCCGCGCCACACCUCCCGGGGGCAGGCGCCAUUAUCGCCCCGCACGUCCUCCUCGCGGAGCAACUCGUCAGAGGGCUCCCCCCGUGCUAGCCCGCGUUCUAUGGCCAUCGACAACCUCCUCACCUCGGCCCCGCACAACGCGAGCUCAGACGACCAAAAGCCUAUUCUCACUAGCUCGCAUCCCGCCAUCGUCCGCGCGACCUAGUGGUCGUAGCCGCCGCCGCGCCACACUACGGCAGCCCGGUGCCGUGGAGUCAUCCUUCGCUUCUACUCACCGCCUAUCGUGCGCCGAGUGGCAGCCGCCCACCCCUCAUGGAACCCCUAUAAUUAUCUCCUGUCUUGCACGCUCUCGAGCAGCUGUUGUACUACUAUUCUGCCUAUCGUACAUAACAUACUCACGUCAACUACCGUGUCGAAGUUGUAAUCAAUGGAAUCCAAGCAGUGUCCUCAGUGAACAUAUCGC